AUGCCUCGCUUCGCAGAGGGGACGGGAAUCCCAAUUCGUGGCAAUGAGUUUCUACCACCAAAGCCCACGUCGCCGACGGAGACGCAGAUGCCCGAUCGAAUCCGGAUCAAGAAUCGGCGAAAACGGUACUUGGAUACUCACCCAGAAUAUUUUGGACCUCAGCUUGAGCUGGCAGUCCGCCGCUUCCAAACGCCCGCUGAACGCGAAGCCGAAGGUCGGCAAAAAGGCUACUCUGGAAUCCUUGAAGCGGACCUGUACCGCAGCGAGGCGAAGCUCGACGCGCUGCGGCAUCCCGACCCUCACGCCCUGUUCACGUACAGGCGCGGACCGAACGGAGAAAUACUGGCCGAAGAUCGAGACGAAGUGCCUGCAAACAAGGAGGAAGGCCUUGCAAGGUGGAAGUGGGAGAUGCAGGUCCGCUUUAUGAGAGGCGGAGAUGACGAUUUCGACUAUGACUCCGUGGACUACAACCCCGAGUACGACGACCGAGUCCUGGAAGAGAGAGACGCGGAAGACCGCUACUUUGACGAGCAAGAGCCCGAAUUUGUCAAGGGCGAGGAGGCGCUUCCAAGGACCCAAAGCCAUGAGUUACAGGGGGAGACUGGGGUUCAGGACUUUUGA